AUGGUGCUCGCGCUAGCCUUGAAGGCGGAAUUGAACGGCGUAACAGACCUCCGCCCCCUCGACACGGAAGACUCGCCCUUCUUGUACACCUUCAAAGUCCAAUGCACAUCAUGUCGCGAAACACACCCAAACCUCGUGUCCGUCAGCCGCUUCGAAGUGAACCAAGUCAGCGGCAGCAAGGGUGAAGCAAACUUUGUCUGGAGGUGCAAGAACUGUAAGAGGGAACACUCGGCGAACAUCAAAGCCCCGCCCGCUACAUACCCGCAAAGCGACCCCCCGAAGACGGUCAACAUCCUCGAGUUCGACUGCAGGGGCCUCGAGUUCACAGAGUUCAAGUCCGAGGGAGAGUUUCUCGCCUCCGGGGCAGAAACUACGACAAAAUUCGCUGGCAUAGAUCUGGUCGAGGGCGAGUGGUUCGACUACGAUGAGAAGGCGGGCGAGGAAGUCAGCAUCACGAAUGUGACUUGGGAGAUUCGGAGGGCUUAGCAUGGGACCAGUCAUUCACAACGACUUACAAGGAAGCAAAGUGCAGCUUCCAUCGGCACAGCUUCUAGCGCAGCAAUCAGAUCAAAACUCGAAGACGAAGCAUCAUCCACAUUACAAAUAUCGAGUGGUGAGGUUGAUGUAUUCCACAAUGGCCAAAGCCACAUACUA